GGGUCAUCCCCAGUACCCCCUAGAUGUGCCGUCACAGGGCUUCCCUUUGCCGUCGUUGGGAUGCCUCACUGAAAAGUGAUUUUUUUCGUUCAGAUCGGAUCCUGUCCCUCGCACCCCAAACCACACUGGUUACUCAAGGUGCCGGGCUGUUAUAGCAAAUAGUUUGCCUGUAUUUGAGCCUUUCAGCGAGGGAUUUAGGAAGAGGCCUUGAGGCAUCCGGGAGCCACCUGUGCCAUCUUGCCAGAUGUGGCAUCACGAAACGUGAUUCCUUGGGACCUUGCUUUCUUUGGCGCACGUAACUACGGCCCGCGCAACAGUCAGAUUUGUGGACUUGUCUUUCUGAAAGUACAACUGAAAGUACAACUUGCUGCCAGUGACGGACAGACUGUUGCUUUGUUUCUUGUUCUGCUGCCUGGGCUGGAAAAAAUCUUUCCUGUUCGGUGCCUUUGUGGUUUUGCUCUUUUAGCCUGGUCUUGCUUAAAUUUCUUGCUUUUUGUGGCGUGCGUGUAGCUGUGAUUUGGGAACAGGAGGGCUUAUAUUUUUUUCAGGUGAUGCUUUGAUUUUUUGUUUUUCUCGUGGAUUAGGUACCUAGAUAGACUUUUUCUUUUUCAUCUUCCAAAAGAGUGUUGAGUAGGUAUGUCCGACUGUGCCUCCUGACCAUCUCCAGUUUGAAGCUGCAUGUAAAAUUCCUUUUUAAUGAGUGGACUUUUAGUGGAUACGUGUAUUUACAGCUUGAGGUGAACACAAGUGUACAUGUAGGUGUACACAAAUAUUUUAACUACCUUUCUUUAAAAUUGUACUUUUAGUUUUUGUUUAGAGUUACGUGAAAGAUAGUGUUACCUGGUAGAUUUAGGGUGCUUCUUGUAUAACCAUGUUUAAGGCAGCAUGUAUUUAACAUAGCUCUUCAUAUACAAAUGUAAAGUUGAGUAGUGAUUCAAGUUGAGGAUUAUUUGAUUUAAAGAUAAUAGAAGCAGCUCUUGAUUUCAUUACACAAAACUCCUCCUAGUUGUUUGGCUCUCGGAGUGUUCGUUUUGGCCUGCAGAUAGGCACUCACGCAACUUUGUUAUUCAUUUUUAGUAUACCCAGGUUUGUGGGCUCCAGCCUAGAUCAGAGGGACCCUGUUGUGCUAGUCAGAGCUGCCAAAUAUAAAAAGAAUUUAUUUUUAAAUCCCCUCUCCAAAGAACUUGCAUCCUCCGCUCUAGAGAAGACAUGCAAAUAUGGCCCUUGGUAGGCUAGGUGGUGUGCUGCCUCAUGGCUUUUGCUUCUACUCCAAAGUUUAUAAAGGACUGUCUUUACUUAUUCUGCUUUUAUUGGUUAAUAUGUGAACAUACUGGGAAAGUGCUGUGAUUGUGGAGCUCUCAUCAUGGCCUCAUGAACCUUGGUGUGGGUGCUGGACCUAUCUGAGCUGCUUCCCAUCCACGUCAUGAAGAGGGCAAAGGCUGUGGAGCAGCAGCCCUCAGAGGUGGGACUGAACAGCAAAUUUGGCAAAGGCAGGUUGCAUUGAUGGUUAACCAUUAGCUGGUGUCUUUGACAUGAUUGUAGAGGAAUUAGAAAGGGCCUUUUGAAAUUAGACUCUGGUUGAGGUGAGGUGUAAGACCGAGGGGUGGCGCUUCUGUAUGUUUUGUCGAUUGGCGUCGGAGAUGCAGAAGCGUCCGUGGAUGCUAGUGAGGACACCCCACCGAUGUGGGGAUGUCACCUGAGAUGUUCUCUGCAGAAUAUCCCCUGGCUUGUGUGGUCCUGCUUGUGCCUUGACCUCCCAUCCCUUAUCUUUUUGGAUUUUCUUCCAAGUCUCUGCUGCCUGAAUUGCUUGUGUUUACUAGAGCUUCACCAAGGCAGGUUCGUCUCACCCUCCUAAAACAGGAUAUAUCCUGGCACAAACUGAAAUGACCUCAAAGAACACAAUUUGGUGUAUUUUCAAGGUCUUCAGCCAAGCUGUUCUCACUCCCCGGUGCAUGUAAGGAUACUUGCCUGGGUCUCAGCAGCUGCUGUGCCGUCUUGUUGUGAUAAGACUUUUUGGGUUAUUCACCUCAUUUCUCAUAGAUGGAAUAGCCCACAUAUAGCACCAUGGUAAUUCAGCCGUAUCACCUCCUGUUCACGAGCCGGCCUGGUUGGAGUUAGCUGAAAGGUCUCUGCACAGCAUUGCCUGAAGCAACUUGCCUACACUUGGGCAUGUAUCUGAAAGUUACUCCAUCAAAAUCACUGAAGAGAUUUGUGUAAAGAGGUGCUGAAGGAUUUACUGUAUCUACUUUCAGGCAGGGAGCCUAUUUUUUUUUAAGCUCUCCAUAUAUUUUUAAUUGUUCCUGAAGUCUGCCAUAAUCCUAAAUGUAAAAGGCAAUAGAUAUUUUCAUUGGCAGCUUUCUCAUGUUACUUAGUUUUAUAAUAAAGGCAUGAGAGAAUGAAUUUUAGAGCUAAUUUGAAAACAUCCACCCAUGUUAAAACAGCUUAAAAAGGGCUCAAAUAAACUCAAGUUCAAGAGAAAAAAGAACAAAAAACCUGUGUUCUGAUGUUUCAGACCUCAGCUCCCAACCUUGCCGGCCUGUGUCUGAAGACACCCCAGGUCAUUUUUUCUCACGAGAAGUAUAUUGAAAUCAAUUUUGGACAAAACGUUGAUGCUGUGUUCUUCCUAGGGGAGCUGAUCACAGCCGCAUAUGAGCUUGGAGUCGCCCACCCUCCCGGCUACCCUUUGUUCACGCUGCUGGCCAAACUGGUGAUUGGGCUGUUGCCCUUCGGGUCCGUUGCGUACCGAGUAAAUCUGCUCUGCGGCUUGUUGGGAGCAGCUGCAGCGUCUUUGCUUUUUUACACAGUUUUCAGGCUUUCUGGCUCAUAUGCUGGAGGAAUCCUUGCUGCGGGGGUGUUUUCAUUUUCUCGUCUAACAUGGCAGUGGUCCAUCGCGGCAGAGGUUUUUAGCUUAAACAAUCUGUUUGUGGGGCUGCUUAUGGCUCUCACCGCACAUUUUGAGGAGGCAUCCACUGCGAAAGAGAGAUCAAAGAUCUCCAAAAUUGGUGCCUUUUGCUGUGGGCUCAGUUUGUGCAAUCAGCACACGAUAGUGCUUUAUGUUGUUUGCGUUGUGCCUUGGGUUCUCUUUCGGCUUUUCAGAAAGAUGGAAUUGUCCCUAGGCCAUUUGCUGAAGUUGGGUUUAUGCUUCUUGGCUGGUUUGCUGCCUUAUCUCUAUCUGCCGGCUUCGUCCUACCUCAACCGAGCCCGUUGGACGUGGGGAGACCAGACGACUUUUCAAGGAUUUUUGACCCACUUUCUCAGGGAAGAAUAUGGGACGUUCAAUCUGGCCAAAUCAGAGACAGGAUCCAGUAUGAGAGAGAUAUUGGUUUUCCAGCUGACGCAGAUGAAGUCUGAGCUCUCCCUUGCUGUCCUCACCCUGGCGCUCGUGGCCUGUUUAAGUGCAGCCCUGCCGACAACGCAGCAGAAAUUGCCCGUGAUUUGGCUCUUCACUGGAAUGCUCUGUGUUUAUUCACUGUUCUUUGCUUGGAGGGCAAAUUUGGAUAUUACAAAACCUCUGUUUCUGGGUGUGGUGGAACGAUUCUGGAUGCAGAGCAACGCAGCAGUCGCUGUGCUAGCGGGUCUGGGACUAGCCUGGCUUAUCUCUGUCGGAAACACCGUGCUGGAGAACAGCCGGGCGCUGCCGUGUCUGGAGUGGCUUUCUGCUAUCGCUCUUGUUACUUGUCAAGUCUGUGCCAAUUACAGUGCUUGUGAUCAAAGCAGCAAUCAUGUUAUUGAUAACUUUGCAAGAAAUCUGCUGUCCUCGAUGCCGAUGGGUGCAGUGAUCUUGCUAAGAGGAGACUUACCUGGGAAUGCUCUUCGUUACAUUCAUUAUUGCGAAGGGAUGAGGCCAGAUAUCACAUUAGUGGACCAGGAGAUGAUGACUUAUGAGUGGUAUUUACCCAAGCUGGCAAAGCAUUUACCUGGCAUUUAUUUUCCUGGGAACCGGUGGAAUCCUGUGGAAGGAGUAUUACCUGAUGGGACACUUGCUUUUAAUCUCCAUCGUUUCCUCAAAGUAAAUAAACAUAAGGAAGUGUUUGUCUGCAUAGGUCUUCAUGAAGGGGACUCAACGUGGAGAAAGAGCUAUUUGCUUUGGCCAUGGGGUACUUGUGAAAAGUUGGUUCCUUCUGAAGUUGUCUUUGACCCAGGAGAGUGGAUUCGUCUUACAAGAAGUCUCUAUAACUGGACUGAAGACUAUGGAAGGUUCAAGCCCUCUUCCUGGGAAGCUGUCGCGAAUGAGGAGAUGUGGCAAGCCAGGAUGAAAACAGCUUUCUUUAUAUUUGACCUUGCAGAAACUGCCAGUGUGACUGCAGAAAUAAAAUCACAACUUUACACAUUUGCGUACGCUUCAUACAAAGAAAUUAUCAACUCUCAUCCAAAGCAUCCUGUGAACUGGCACAAAAACUAUGCAAUAGCUUGUGAAAGGAUGCUGCGUCUCCACCGGGUGGAUGUGGAUCCUGAAGCAUUGCUCUCUGAAACUAUUAAACAUUUCCUUCUGUACACUGAGAAAGCAGAGGACGAUCCCCAGCGACAAGAUAUUCUGCAGGCUGUAAAACACCUGAAGAAAGAACUGCAGGUGCUGAGGAAAAUGAAGAAAAAAGAUCUGAAGCAGCAAGCUGUAUAGAGCCUGUUUGAUGUGCUUUCUGAAGUGCCAGAAUUUGGAAGUCGGGAGAUAAAAUCGAAUUGGUCAUUAACAAUAUGAGAAUGGCUUUAAAAGGUGACAGAAAUAUUAGCAAAGAAGAUAUCAAACUUGAUCACCUUUGUAGAAACAGGCUGUUGUUUGUUCUUCAAUUGUCAUUGCCAAAUGAACAUUUUGUAUUGUUUUGUAUGGGGAAAGCGCAUAGCAAAAUAAAAUACCAGGUGUAAAA